GCAGGCAAUUUGGACCAGAAAGAACCUCAAAAUGCGGCAACAAUUUCUAUAGUUGUCAUUUCUAGAGAUAGUGACCGUAGCAGGGUAUAUUUUGCAAAAUGUUGUCCUUCAAAUCUGUAUUCACUUUCACAGCUAUCAUGCUAAUUUCUAUGAAUGGUUUUGCCAUUUCCAAGGAAGACGAUUCAGAAGAAUAUGAGGAUUCUGAUGAUUCGGAUGAUUCUGACGAUUCUGAUGAUUCGGAUGAUUCAGAAGAUUGUGACGAUUCUGAUGAUUCUGACGAUUCCGACGAUUCGGACGAUUCCGCCGAUUCUGACGAUUCUGAUGAUUCCGAUGAAUCCGAUGAUUCCGAUGAUUCUGAUGAUUCCGAUGAUUCUGAUGAUUCCGAUGAUUCUGAUGAUUCUGAUGAUUCCGAUGAUUCCGACGAUUCUGAUGAUUCUGACGAUUCAGAAGAUUGUGACGAUUCGGAAGACUCUGAUGAUUCUGACGAUUCGGAUGAUUCCGAUGAUUCUGACGAUUCCGAAGAUUCAGAUGAUUCUGAUUAAGAUUCAUUCCAGCGAUGAAUCGAAGGAAGUGAUGAUAGAUGAAGGAGACAUACAAUUAUUAUCAUCGAGGGGCAGUAACAGAAUGUUUUCCAUUGAGCAUAUACUUCAAAUUAUUUCAUUAAAAAUUUAUCACUUCAA